ACCUGAAAAAAAUGUGAAAUUUUUAACAAAAUGCUUAAUGUUUGCUAAAUUACGUAGCUGCUAACAAGAAAAAAACAAAGAAAAAAAAUUUAAAUAUUACCACUGAUUGAACUGCUACAAACAGAAAUGCAAAUUUAACUAUAGAGUACAUUUCAGCUGCUUUGAUUGCCACUUCUUCUCUUGACCGAUUUUUCACAAAAAGCAAUCCUGCUGAUAAUGUUAUUUACACGUCCCCUAUUAUAAUCUUAAAGUUUUCUCAAGUGUCACUCAAUUUUUCUCGCCAAAUACCACUUAUCUAAAAAAUAUCUUACUUUACUCUUCCUACCUAACUGAUGCAUAUGAGAGUGUUAAUAGGGACACGAAUGGAAAAAAUGGCGCAAGCACAAAUUCUUUUCUUGGCUGCUAUUAGCUGUGCACUCAUACCUGGCCAAUCGAGCUUGAUUGAAACUAGGGGAUUGACAAAAGGAGCAGCUAAUAGAGUAUUUACCUUUGGAAAUGGAACUUAUGAGAUUUCAACUAGUAUGGCUGGCUGGGUUCAAGCAAAAAACGAUUGCAGAUCAAAAGGCAUGAAGCUGCUGAGCAUUGAAAGUGCGGAGGAAAACAAUGCCAUGCUGGAGCAAAUCGUUUUAAGACCUGGAGAUUCUUUCUGGACGUCGGGCUCUGACCUGGGACACGAGGGUAAUUUUUACUGGGAGGCGACGGGACUUGCCGUGAGCGGCUUCAAGUACUGGGCUCCAGGUCAACCAGACAACGCCCAAUCUGGGAGUGAGCAUUGCUUAGAGAUUUCGGCUGCAGACAACCAUUUGUGGAACGAUAAUAAGUGUGACGUACAGCAUUUCUAUAUUUGCGAGAGUCAUCCUUGUGAAGAAAAAUGAAAAAUAUAUAGCAUAGUAAAUUUCAAAUUUUGAUAAUUGUAAAAAUAAAAAAUUUAAUUACAGAAUUAAACACCAAUAAAACCAAAAAAUUUAUAUUAUGA